AUGGAAGAGAAGAUGAAGAGUGGUGUUGAAAGAAAAUCUGAAAUACCUUCAGAUAUCAUAUCUGAUAUAUUCUCUUGGCUUCCUGUCAAGUCUUUAUGUCGUUUCAAGUGCGUUUCUAGAUUUUAUAACUCUCUUGUAUCGGAUCCAUCUUUUGUAGACAUCCAUCAAAGCCGCUCAAAAUAUCCUCCUGAUAAAAUUGAAUUUCUCGCGCAUUCAAGGGAAAAGAAUUUUUACACCGUAGACCUGAAGGUGGAAGAUAAAAAAGCCUCCGCUCUAUGUAUCAAGGAGUUAGAUGGCAUUAGCUGUACCAAUAUUGGUUAUGUUAACGGGUCUUGCUCUUCUACUCGUACUCCUCAUGGUGAGAUAGUUUUGAUCGUGAACACUUCGUUCAAGCCAAAUCGGAUGUUCUUUUAUGAUUUGAAGAAGAAGAGUUGGAGAUCAGAAAUCGAAGUCAUGGAGCUUGAAGGACAAACUGAGAUCAUUGCAUGGUUCUUGAGCUUGAUGAAUACUUCCAUCUGCAUUCGAAUAUUGUUAUCUGUUGAAUUCAGUAUACUUCGCCGCCCUCGGUCGGUUUUGCCUGUUUAA